CCGCACCACCACAGCCAUAAGGAGACGCGAGGUCACCAAGAGCAAAGUCGGAGAGCGAACGAAAGGCUUUUUCUCCUGCCAACCGCUAAGGAUGAACAACUGCUACACGCCGCUUGCGGCUCCCGCGCAGAACGACGGAAAGAGUAAGCGGAGGGAUCGGGACGGCAAGGCUCCCAACGGCACCGCCACGAAAGAACCAAGCCUCGCAAGCACUACCCGCGGGGAUGGGCGUGCGCCAUAUGACCUGCGUCAGGUGUACAUGGAUGUCGGGGUUGUGGCUCACGCAACGGGGUCGGCAUACGUGGAGUUUAACCACACCAAGGUGAUAUGCGCUGUUUAUGGGCCGCACGCGCAAACCGGAGGGGACAGCGCUUUUAGCGAAGAGGGGCAGCUCCAGUGCGAUUUUUCCUACGCGCCGUUUGCGAUGCCGGGAGGACGCCGGGAAUCCAGGGGAGGGAAGAAGGACGAUGAGCGGGAGCUGUCCACCCUGUUACGACAGACCCUAGAGUCUUCCAUUCAGGUGCAUCGACUCACCAAAUCUGUCGUCGGGGUUCAUGUCAUGGUCCUUCAAGCAGACGGCGGGGAGCUUGCAGUUGCCACGACGUGCGCUUCAAUGGCGUUAGCUGACGCAGGGAUAGAGCUCUACGACCUUGUGACUGCAUGCUCCGUGGGUUACUGUGGGACACAAAUGGUCUUGGACCCAACGAAAGAAGAAGAGAAGAGCGGGGUGGGCGUGAUGACUAUCGCUCUCAUGCCAGGGUCGCAGCAGGUCACACAGUGGUGGCAGGAAGGACGAUUCGACGGACAAAAGGUCGCAGAGGCGCUCGAGCUUUGCACAGAUGGCUGCCGCUGUGUCCACAAGAUGAUGGAGGCCAAGCUCAAAGCUUCCACGACGAAGAAGUGAUGCUUAGAAGUGAAUCAUGUCGUUGCAGUUGUUCGUUUCAUGUUUGGGCGGUGUUGCACUACAAGUAUUGCAAUGUGUGUACAAGUGUCGUUUGUUUUGUUCAGUGUUCUUUGGAUACCCUCCAUUGCCAGCCAAAGCGGGGCACUUAUCUAUACCCCGCUCGCCUUCCCCUUGCCUUAUUUUGGGCAAAUUCUAUGGAGAUCAAGUGUCAGUCGUGUCUAGUGUUCACAACGGCGAAGCCAAGCGGGGUCGUCGGCAAAAGGCCGAACAUGCACGAAUCUUCACCUGGUGGAUUCUCCAUUCCUCGAAUAGGGUUCCUGUAGCUGAGGUAGUACACACGAUGCCCCCCCCUUGACUCACACUCACCCCGGCACGCCAAAAGAAAAUCGUUUGAAUCCACUCGGAACCCUAUAGCCUGAAUGGCACGGAAGGCCAUUAUUCCAACUGCGUUGGCGGAUUAAAGUCACUUCACUGCACCCUCGACUUCAUCGGGUAGUGGGUCCUUCCUGUCUUUGUUUUCGCAACUAAGUCAGGCACUUCGGGCCAUGGCAAUAACUGUAGAUCUAUGGAUACCUAGGGCUCCGUGGUAUGAAUACCUUUCAGAGUAGCACCUCUUGCUCGGAUGACACAAGGGCGCUCGACGUCUCGCCGAUAAGUAACAUUUGUGUGUUCAUCGUUCAAGCCUAUCAUCCUGCUGGGUACAUGGACCAACGGCCAAUGCUGAUGCUGGCAAGUCUACUUGUGUCGAGUUACGUUGGAUGUUCCGCGCGUAGCCAGCUCUGAAGACCCUGUGCAGACCACUUGUUGAUUAAACCUCGCUGAGCAGCAGUCCGUGCU